AAUAGCAUCUAAAUGCAAUGUCUAAAAUAGAAUAUAUUAGCCUCGAGGGUCUAAGAAUUGACGGAAGGCGACCUUCGGAAGUACGGCAUAUUGAUAUACUCUGCGGUCCCGAGUGCGGUGUCGACAUAAUCAACUACGAUGGAGUCGCACAAGUGACACAAGGACUUACUAAAGUCCAAGCAUUUAUUAACGGGCCCACAGACAUUGGAAGGAGUAAAACAAAGGAAGGUUUCGAAACUGCAGAUAGCCCCGUGGAAAUACGAUGCGAAGUUUGCAUACCAAGUGAAAGGAAAUCAAUGGGUCAUAGAAAUAAUGAUGCAACAGUUGAAAUCUCACGAGCUGUCGUCGGUACAUUUGAACCAGUGAUUAUAUCCCACCUGUACAAGAAUUCGACGAUACAUAUUUUUGUAAAUGUUUUAGAAGCAGAUGGCGGAGUAAAGGCUACAGUCAUUAAUGCAGUGUUGAUCGCACUCAUUGACGCGGGAAUAGCUAUGAAGGACAUUAUAGUAGCGUGCACCGCAGUAAUGCUUAAUGAGACGCUUUUGAUAGAUCCCAAUCAGCUGGAAAUCAAUGCCAGUAUUAUGGAGCUCACACUAGCACUAUCGGUGUCUAACGAAGAGUUAAUACACAUUGAUUUAAGAUCAAAAUACCCAAUUAAAUCGUAUGCCGAAAUCAUUGAGAAGGCUAUAAAAGGCUCUGAACGAUUUGCAGCCCUGGCAAAAGCAAAAUUAAAGGGUUAUGCACGUGAACAUUUGGAGAUCAAUAACGCAGUUCACGGAUCGAAGUUAGCACGGUGAUUGCAAAGGAAACGAAAUGAGGAAUAUACAGCGAGUUGGUGCCCCUCCGGAUUACAGGUGGGACCCACGGAACUUUGUAAAUAGGUUACGUGACAGCCCAUUUGAUUUUAUCGCAAUGACAGUGUAUAUACUACAUAUCGUCGGAUUUUUCUGCCUAUUGGUUGUACUCAAGGUGCGCCAUUCCAGAAAGAAAGGGUUUGCAGUCUCGCACUGAAUAACCCUGAAAAGUGCCAUAUCGGGGAAAUCAUUAACAUGGAAAUAACAUGUAUAUUUAAUCGUUUGUAACAG